GAGAAAGAGACAAGCUCUAAUCUGUGCUCAUGGUCUGCCGGUAGUGACAGGACUUCCUCAGACUUUUUUUCCCCUUUGGUUGGAUUAUAUGUGUUUUUUAGAGUAUCUGAAUGGCUCAGUGUGAGACGCAAAAGAUUCCCAGCCCUGGGAAAAGUCUAAGAGUGUGUCCUGGAAAAGAGUGAGGAGCGGAGGAGGGAAGCCAGCUGUACUUUUUCUCCUCAUCGUUCCCCGGAGUGCCGGCGUUUUUUUCUGUGGGAGAAUGGGGGCAGGAGCUAUGACCAUCUGUCACAACAAGGCGGCGGUGCAGGUUAAAGAGGACAUGAAGAAGAUGGUCCAGAUGCCCAUCCCGAGACCCAGGAUAGUCGCACCCAAGCACACCAAGGUGUUUGGAGUGUCUCUUUUUGAGCUGCGAAACCAGGGGCUGCUGGAGGAUGGAGUGCCUCUGGUGGUGCGGAGGAUGGUGGAGCAUCUCCGCAAGCAUGCACUGCAUCAGGAAGGUCUGUUCAGGGUAAAUGGAAACGUCCGUGCUGUGGAGACCCUGAAGCAGCAUUUGGAGGGUGGUGGUGAUGUGAACCUGCUCUCUGAAUCUGAUUCCUGUACUGUUGCCAGCUUGCUCAAACAGUACCUGAGAGAUCUCCCCGGGGGUCUGGUAGUCGUGACAGUCCAGCAGGCACUAAUACAGCUUUAUCAAGAGCGUGGUGGUGAUGGUGACACCUGGGCAGACGUGAGACACCUUCUCCUGCAGCUUCCAGAUGUCCACUACAGUCUCCUGCACUACCUCUGCCACUUCCUCACCCUUGUGGAGAGCAGCCACAAGGACAACCGCAUGACUGCCCUCAACCUCGCUACUGUGUUUGGACCCAGCGUGUUCCACGUGGCUCCUGGAUUUGAAGCACUUAAGAACCAGAACAUCUGUAACAAGAUCAUGGCCAAACUUAUCCAGAACUACAACAAUAUCUUUGAGACCAACACAGACAGAGAAGACUACGCAAAAGAAGAGGCAUCGCCUAUCAUUGCCGAGGAGACUCAAGUGGCAGAUGCAGACACAAAGAAUUCAUCCAGCCAUCUCGAUGCAAAGACAACAACCCCACUUACUAGGAUGAAAGUAAAGCCUAUUGGCCACCUAAACCAAACAGGAAAUGCAGAACUUCCGAAGAAAUCCUGCACCAACGCUCCAAAUGCAAAAACAAGAAAAAAGAAGGUGAGGAAAGGGAAAAUUGACGGCAUGACUCAAGUGGUCCCCCAACCCAGCCUCUCUUCCAGGGCGCCCUACCACGCAAGACCUUUCUCCAUACCGAUAGUUUUGCCCCUGACCUCAGAGCUAAGGACCCCCAGCGCAGAAGCAAUGGAAGCUACACCCAUGUCUCACCAAGCCACCUCGGACACUGCCUCCCACGUCGACCCUCACGACGUCAGCCUCUCUGAAAGCAUGAAGGGCCUCAGCAGCUCCCAAGAUGAAGACAGACCAGUAUCUCCUUUCUACAUGAGUAACCACCUCUCGCCCGUCCACUGCAGACCUGGUGUGGUAAAUUUUCUGGACAGGACCAUACGCUCAGCAGUGGAGCAGCACCUCUUUGAUGUGAACCCCUUAGAGGAUCAGCAUUCAGACGCCCACGAAUCGACCCCGUGCCCUUCACGGGUGACACUAACAGCGAGACAGAGACGUAGGCACCAAAGAGAGCAGCAGCAUCAGGAGGAGGGUCAGAAACACAGGGAAAAAAACAGAGCGCCUUCCGUCACAGGAGACACCAACAAGGAGAACGUCCCGUCGAGCGGCGGCAGCAGUUCAGGCAGCGUGGGGGAAGACAUGAGCAGCCGUGUGGACUCACAGGAAGGCCAAAGAAGUCAAGCUGAGCGAACCCCCAAACCCAGGAAGCCAAAAAAGAGCCCAACUCUCAUGCAGCUAAGCGAGAACACGGCUGCCCACGCAACGUUGAAGACGAUGAAGAUCCAGGAGUCGCCGGUCACUUGUGACGCGGGUAGGGUCGGCGGAGAGGUGCGCGGCCCGGACUCAGACUGCGAGAAGACAAGCUGUGAGGACGUGCCCCGGUUGGACCUGACAGCACUGACUGAGGACAACAACUGGGGAGAUUCUCCAUUUUGUAACUCCCCUUUCCUUGAUUUCAAAAGCAUUUUCUAUCCAAGUUGUUGCGAUGAACCAACCCCGGCGUACUCGCUGCAGAGGGAGAGCAUGGACCGCGAGGAGGCCAGGCUGUCCCCUCACUGUGGGGGGCGUCUGAUCCGCCAGCUCCUGGAGGAGUCCAGCGACCCGAUGGUCUCCCCUCGGUUUUACGCCUACGGACACUCCCAGCAGUACCUGGAUGACACGGAAGUGCCUCCAUCGCCACCUAACGCUCACUCGUUCAUCAGUCGCAGGCGGAGUUCAUCGCUUGGCUCAUGUGAUGAUGAAAGAGAGGAGCUGACCUCCGCCCAGCUCACAAAGAGGAUUCAUAUACUGAAGAAAAAGAUCCACAGGUUUGAGGAGAAGUAUGAAGAGGAGCGAAAAUACAGGCCCUCCCACAGUGACAAAGCUGCAAACCCAGAAGUGCUGCGGUGGAUGAAUGAACUGGCUAGGCUUCGCAAAGAGCUAAAAGAACACAAGCUGAUGAAGUCUGAGGAGGACCUGACGCCUCAGCCCCGCCAGCGCAGCAACACGCUGCCCAAAAGCUUCGGCUCGCAGCUGGAGAAGAAACCUCAGCAGGAGAAGGCGUCGAAGCCGCCAGUGGAAAGCACCCUGGAAGGAAUUCAGAAGAAGCUGCAGGAGAAGAGGGACGAGGUGAACCGCCCCGAGGACAUCAAGGAUAUGACACGGGAGCAGAUUGCCGCAGAGAAAGUCGCCCUGCAGAAAGCUCUUCUCUACUACGAGAGUAUCCACGGCCGACCGCAGAUGACGAAGAGCGAGAGGCAAAUCAUGAAGCCGGUGUACGACAGAUAUCGCCUGGUGAAGCAGAUCCUGUGUAGAGCCUCCACCAUUCCUGUCAUAGGCUCUCCCUCCAGCAAGCGCAGAGGUCCCCUCCUACAGCCCAUUAUCGAGGGUGAAACCGCACUCUUCUUCGAUGAUAUCAAGGAGGAAGAGGACGGCUCGGAGGACGACGGAGACUCCAAGACCCAGUUCACCGUGACCGUGCGACCUGACAUCGGCGUGUUCAGCUUCCUGGAGCAUGCGGAUGAGGAAGUGGAUGGUUUCAUUUCACCCGUGGAUGAACUUUCCCCGUCCAAGAACACGAUGGACACGAGGCUGUCCAACCUGCACUCAGCUACUAUGCAGGAACUUGUAGAGCAGCUCCAAGAGACGAGAGAGGAGAAGAAGAGAAUUCGCAAGAACUUGAAAGAGUUCGAGGACCAGUUUUUUAGACAAAACGGAAGGAACGUGCAGAAGGAGGACCGCUCCCCAUUGGCUGUGGAGUACAACGAAUACAAGCACGUCAAAGCCAAACUGCGGCUGCUCGAAGUGCUCAUCAGCAAAAGAGACUCAACUAAAUUCAUCUGAAUAAAACAAAGACUCAAUAAGAGGACUGGUGCUGUGUCUCCAGUGUCACAGUCAACACAUCUCACCUUGCUAGAAACAGUCGUGUUUUCCUCGCUGUUGGAUGCUGUUGACGUGCUCCGUCGAGCUCGGCGGGGUUUCCCUCCGUCAAACUGCUGCGCCUGGAAAAACAUUGUCGUCGCCUCACCUCGAGGAGGGGACGUCACUCCAGACGAAGCAGCCAACGCACAAACUAAACUGAAUCACACUUGUAUUGCUGAUAAUUUAUUUUGAAUGUUUGUCUCAUGCAAAGCCGUAGAAGUCUUAAAAAAAACCCAAAAAAACCCCAAAACACUUGAUAAUUCGGUCAUUAGCUAUAAAAUUGUCGCUGCUUUUUAUGGAUCGCGUGUAUUUUUCUAAAGGAGAUGUUACUCGAUCAUGCUGACAGUACCGAAGUUUCACUUGUGACCACAGCAUUAAAUCCUCUUCCAAGUUUUAUCGUUUGAAAGAAGUGGUUUCCUCUUUCACUGGGGCCCAAAGACAGCAGCUCAGAGCGCACACAGUGAGCCAAAAUCUUUCAUCUCCUGGAAAUCACCGUUUCAAGAUGACCACUGACACUUGCUGCGUUUUUGUACGCCUUAACCUGCUUUCCCCUACAUUUACUUGAUGUUAAAUAAGCUAUCGUCCCCUUUAAAUCACUGCUGUGUUUGCUCACACCGAUUAACACUGACAAGGCCAGUUCUGAGGUGGGCGUGGUCGACGAAGCCUCGUCCUCUGGUCCUCGCUGUAGUUUGUUUGUUUGUAAAUAUGGAUCAUCGUAUAUGUUUACAUUUCUGUGAGCGAGUACUUUAUCCCUUUUUUUUCUCUCCAAUUUUCUGGAUGGUAAUCAGUGUGAAUUUUGUUUUCACUGAAUGUAAACACUGGCCGGGCUUAAUGAACUGAGUGUGUACAUUUUAGUACAUAAAUUGUAUUUUGUAUAUAAUGUGAAUGAAAUCAUAUUUUUACUGAA